CCCAACCCUGUUGUUCAUAGACAUAACCGUCAGUUUUUCCAACCAAAAAAGGUCUCCUUUGCAAAAUAUCGGCUUAUGCUAUUCUCUUCUCUAAGAGCUUCUCUGCAGGUUUCUUCGCUUAAUCUCAACAACCCAUAAUUUAGAAUACUCAAGGAAAACUCACCUCCUCUUCUGUUUGAGAAACCCCUGGAAAAGUGAAAGAAAAGAAUAUAUACAAUACAUACAUAGGUCUGAGGAUCAAGAUGAUGAAGAAAAUGAAGGAAAGGAAUUCAUUUGGUGAUUUUGAUAUGCAAAUGAUAGGGAAGUUUUUGAGUUUUGCUUCCAGGGGUGACAGAGUUGGACUGAACCUGAUGUUGAUAAAAGGCACAUCCCCUGAUGUGCAAGACUAUGACAAUAGGACUGCAUUGCACCUUGCGGCAAGUGAAGGCCAUGCUUCCAUUAUUGAGCUGCUUCUUCACUACAAGGCUAAUGUUAAUCUCAAAGACCGAUGGCAACGCACUCCUCUGACAGAUGCAAGACUCUAUGGACAUCGAGAUAUAUGCAGGAUAUUAGAAGUAAAUGGAGGCAAGGAUUUUAUCCAUGACCAACCAUUGACAAUCCGGCAUGAGCAAGAUUCGAAUGAAGUGAACUUUGACAUUUCGGAAUUACAUACACCGGAUUCCUCAUCGGUUAAGCAGGGUGAUUUUGGUGAGUCUGUCAAGGUCAAAUGGCGUGGAACCUGGGUUGUUAAAACCGUUGUCAAGCGACACAUAUUUCAGCCUGAGAAGAUGAUACUUUCUGCUAAGGAUAAUACUCUUCUAAGAGAGCUUAGGCACCCCAAUAUUCUGCAGUUUCUUGGUUCAAUUGAGCAGCAAGAAGAGAUGGUUCUGAUUACUGAGUAUCUAUCAAAAGGUAAUCUGGAAGAUAUUAUAAGUAAAAGAGAUCGACUCGACCUGCUCACUGCUCUGCGCUAUGCACAUGAUAUUGCCAGGGGAAUGAAUUAUCUUCAUGAGCACAAGCCCUUCCCCAUUGUUCACUAUCAUUUGAAUACCAGAAACUUGUUGCAAGAUGAAGGUGGCCACUUGAAGAUUGGUGAAUAUUGGGUACAAAUGUUGUAUGAAAGAACAAACCCACAUGAAGAUAACUGCCAAAGAAAUGAUAGUGCGAGCAUGAGUAAUGGUCCAUUGGAUGGCACCAAGAAAGACAUUUGUUCUUUUGGAUACAUAUUCUAUGAGAUGCUAGAAGGAAGGCCUUCAAACUCUGACACUGUAGAUCCUGAAUCUAUUGAUUUUAAACCAAUAUUUCUUGUAAGCCGGUCUUCAAGAAGAAUUAAAGAAUUGAUAGAGAAUUGCACAAGUAAUGAUCUUUCCCGGAGACCUUCAUUCGAUGCUGUCAUAACAAUUUUAGAAGAGGAAUUUUCGCUUCUUGGGAUGGCUUCAUGUCCUGUUUGUGUUGACUCCAUUAUUAAACACCACCCAUGAAUGAACAAAAAAACCUUGCAUUUUAGCCAUGUAAUUAAACAUUCUUCUAUCUCAUAUCAAAAAACUUGCAUAAUCUUGUAAAACUUGCUUUCCUUUUUUUUUUUUGUGUGCGUUUGUGUGUGUAAGAUAUCUUGAAUGUUAAGUUUGAUGAAUUUUGUUUUCGACUAUGAUGUAUAAAACGUUUUUCCUAUGUAAAUUAUAUUUAGUGUUGAAGCUUCUCAAGGUUGGGUUUUGGUUUAAUUCAUGAUUUGAACCCUUUAUGAUUUUUAAAUUUCAAUUGAACUCAGUUUUGUAAAUACAAACAGGUUCUUGAAAUAAGUACAUAUUAUAUGUUCUACCUCGAUGUGCUAUAUUUUAUAUAUUUUUUUAAAAUGAGACAAUUCAAUUUAAAAUUUAUUAUUAUGUUUGACAGAAAGAAAAUGAAGGCUAACGAGGGCUUAUGAAAUUGGGAACAAUAGACAAGGCAAUAACAUCAGAUAACGAAAAAUAAAAUAAUUUUUUUUUUUAAAAAAAGGCAAAAAUAAUUUAAAUUUUGAAUUACAAAUGAUUUUUUUUUUUUUUUUUUUUUUGGUGCAAAAAUAAUUCUCUCUCCUUCUUCUCUUUUAAAGGCAAAAACAAAACAAAAGUAGAAUAAAACCAAGGCGCGGCUCGGUUGCUACCUUCUUUGCGUCCCGCCUACACUCCAUCAGCUUUGCUAGAUCACAAUCACUUCUUCCCUAAAAACCCCCCUUCUUCCAG